AUGGAUGAUGAGACUAUCACGCAAGCUGUUUCUGCAAAGCAAGUGACUCGUGAAAAGUUGCGCUUGCAUCUCCUUAUGACUGCAUGGGAGAUAGAGGAGAUUGAGUGUCAUAAAAGGCUUCUUGGCCUACUUCAGCAGAAGAAUGCUCAGGAAUAUGUUGAAGCAUCCAAUGAAGCUCAUGUGUUUGAAAGGUUCAUGACCCACCAUGACACGAGCCAGCUCGAAGAUGACUUUGACUUUGGUGUUGGAACCUACAAGGAGGAGCUGCUAGCAUUCGGCAUUUCAGAGGAGCAAUUAAAUCAACUCGAGGCCUUCGCAGUCAAUCACAACUUGCAUGACCCCAACCAGACAAUCACCAAGGAUAAAUAUUCCACAGACCCCUUCACCAAUAGCGCUGAAUCAGACAAUGAAGACAGAAUCUGUUACGAUGAUGAUGAAGACAACGACUUGCAUUUCAGAGGUGAAACACCUGAGUGGGCAGAGUUUUUGAAUGUGAAAAGCCCAUGCCAGAAGUUAGGUCCAACGGAAUGGGUGUCAAAGGUGAAGUGUUUGUCUUGGAAGCAAGUUCCAAGUGAUCAACUUUUCCAGCUCACUCUAAGUAUGCCUCCCAAGAAAGAAUUGAAAGGAAAGCGGAAGUUGAAGGUGCAAUAUUGA